UUGCUUCAAUGUUUUUGGACUCCUCACCACUUAUUUCUUACUCCUUCUACUGCGAUUUUCGCUUUUGCACAAGCGUACAAAAUCACAUGAGGUAUUCUCUUACAAUACAAAUCAACGAAUCAAAUGCGAGUUUACAAAUGGAGUCACGCCAUCUAAAUUGUAUACUACGUCGAUUUGUUUUGUUUUUGUAAUGCAACAGAUUAAUCAAUUAAUUGAGUUGAAAAUCAAAUAAAUACAUUUUUAAAUUUAAUUUUAAUUAUCAAUGGAGAUACCCAGGCAUAAAGUUAUUGAUAUUUCAUGGAAAUUCGGAGUUACAGCAGCCACUAGUGAAUCUGAUCGAACGGGAAAAACAUUCCUUCAGUUAAAACUUCUUCUGGAUGAUAAUGGAAAUAAACGAGAUAUAUUUACAGAAAUGACACUCAGUCAAUUUUACAAAUUUUUACAUGAUUUAGAAAAAGCACAGACUAGUUUAAACUUUUUAACUUAACAAGAUAAGAAUUAAUACAAUGUUAAUAUAAUUGAGUAUAUCAUAUUUUAUAUCUAUUAAUUGUAAAAUUUUAUUCUAAAAAAGUAGAAAAAUUAAUUCUUUAUUAUACAAUAUUAUAAAAAUAAAAUAAAGCUCAU